GUUACUGUGAGAUCCAUUUGGACGGGAACUUGACUCUAUUCGGAUGGUCCCGCUAUACAAAUGCAAUAGGGUACCAUCCGGACGCUAUUGAGAGAUCCGCGGUCUUUGUUGUGGUACUGACGUCGCGCCAUGUGGUAUAUGACUGACUGACUUGGCAUUGCUGUAUAUGCAUUUGCUGUGUUUGCAUUUUGAGUAUGUAUCCGUAAAUACUACUAUAGGACUCAAAUAUAGUGGUUGGUGUUGUCAAGCUACAGUUGAAUGGCUGCAUUUCUUAGGCUGUGCCCUUCCCGUGAUUUGACUUUGAAAACGCUGUGAGACCCUGGAGAAGUGGUACGUGGUACGUGUACCGCCUUCACAGCCUCACUCACGGGCUCACACUGAAUCACUCACACUCACACACUCUCUCUCACCGCGUCCAACUCUUUCUUUGUUCUUGACCUUAUUCAUUCUGUCACAGCCAAAAACAUCGCUGCACUUGAUAACUCAUAGACACAUAGAAACUUAUUCUCCGUCUCGCAUUUGAAACAACUCUCACUUCGUUCCUAAACUCAACCUUUCUCAUCUCAUCCCUCGUCUUAAUUCAUGAAAUAAUCAACCAUGUCCAACUCGGAUCCUUGCCCCUUCUGCGGCUUCAAGCCGGGCCAAGACGAAUAUGAACUCAUUCUACACAUAGAGCAGCAACACCCAGACGCUGACGGACCACCACCCACCACCUCCGGAGACACUAUUGAGUGUCCAGAAGGUUGCGGUGAGAUCCUUCGGCUGGACGAGCUAGCUUAUCAUCUCGAGCUUCACGAGCUCGAGGCGCAGGACGCCACGCCCACGCCAGAGCCAGCACCAGCACCAGAGCCGGAACAGACUCCCGCUGUGGCCCGGAAGCCGGAGUCUUCAUCUAGAGAUAGAGACCGGAAGCACAAGAAAGUCAGCCCUAUCCAGGCCUGGAAGGACCUCUUUUCCGGGCGUAGCUCUCACGGGAGGGAGAGUAACGGCAGCAGUAGUAGGACACGGCACAAGACCAAGAGAGAGGAUGCUGGUAUCACCAAGACUACUAGCAGAGGCUCUUCAAGUCGAGAUAAAAAUGGCGAUCGAGCUAAAUCCAACGUUCGUCUGGGGAAGUCCGAUCUUGGCAGAUUUGCGCAUGAGAGAAAGAUGCCCCCUUGGCUCGUAGAUCUUCUUAAGGAUGAAGGUCAGGUUGUCAACGAUGGUGUUCUGCCGGUUUUAAGUCAGCUUCUUGAGCAAAGUCCUUCAACACAGGAAGCCUACCUGUGUCACCCUGCGGUACAACAUGUUUCCAAAUUGAGACGAGAAGGCGGUUUCUGUGGCUAUCGAAAUAUCCAGAUGCUCACUUCAAACAUAAUCGCCGCUUCGAGAGAAGGUUCAAAUCACUUUGGGCGCACGUUUCCUACCAUCUUUCAGAUCCAAGACCUCAUUGAAAAUGCCUGGGACAUGGGUAUCAAUGCCCAAGGAAGAGCAGAGACUGGAGGCAUCAAGGGGACGAGAAAAUACAUCGGUACACCAGAGGCACAGGCUGUGUUUCUCAGCUUGGAGAUACCUUGCUCCGUUCAAGCAUUUAAGGAUCAGGAACGCGGCAAGUCGAAACAACGUCUCUUUGAAGCUAUCGAAGGAUACUUUCGAGGAGGUAUCACAAGCGUCGAAGACCGAAUCCAUCAUACGGACCUGCCACCAAUCUAUCUACAACACCCAGGCCACUCUUUGACAAUCGUUGGCUUCGAGAGGCAAAUGGACGGUCAAGCGAAUCUAUUAGUAUUCGAUCCCAGUUUUCGUGAUUCUACAAAGGUCCGAAACCUCAUCGGCAGAACAGUUCGUCAGAAGCCCUCUUCGAUCGACAGUUUCUUGCAGCCGUACCGUCGUGGCUCUCACUACUUUCGCAAGUACAACCAGUAUGAAGUGCUCUACCUCACAAAGUACGCUGCUGUAUCGUAGUUCACUGCAGUCUACUGCUGGUCCUUGAACCAAGCCUGGAGCUUGGCCAGAGCUCGGCCACGAUGGGAGAUCUUGUUCUUUUCCGCCUUGUCCAUCUCAGCAAAACUAUGACAAUUAGCAGAAAUCAUCGCUCAGAUUCAGACUUUACAUACGUUUGACCUUCAUACUCAAAGACGGCAUCCCAUCCUAUUCAUCAGUCAGCAUGCACUAGUACUAUGUAUUCUUUUCACAGCACAUACCGAAAUCGGGAGGUCCACGGGGAGGCACAAUCUUGCCCUGUAUCACAUAUCAGCACAGCCACAGUGGACGGACUCGAGAGUUUCUUACUGGGCAUCGGCCCUGGAACAGAAUGACCUUCUCACCAGGUCCAGCACAGUACCCAAAAGUGCAGACAGCCUCAGCGGACUUAUCAGUGUAAGCAGCCAACAGGUUGUUCAAGCCCUGAUGACCGAUCGAAGUCAUAAACCACUUGCUUUAAAGCCAUCGCAUCAGCAUUCAUAUUUCACAGCGUUUUAGCAUCAAAUCUCACAUGUACGCCCCAGGAAGACCGCUCAGAGCGUUAUAGCACAGAGCCGUGUCUUCUACCAGCACGGGGCCUUUCACCUGUAUUUUAUUGUUAAACAAAUUCAUCUUCUUUACAGCGUUUGUAGGAUAUAUAAGAUAGUUUACAUACCAGAUCAGCAGCUCUACGGCACUUUGACUCUGU